AGUUUUAUGCAGACAAACGUCUAUAAAUUUUAAGCAUUAUCGUCAAGUACAAACGGACAAGAUGUUUACAUUAAUUGAACUUUAGUGUAUAAAUCUGAUUUGUAAAUAUCUCGUUCCGCUGGACAUUAUAGUGUUUAUAUAAAGGAUUAUGAAGGAAUGGCGAAAAGUUACGAUCACUUGUUUAGAAUUCAACUGAUUGGUAACCCAGGUGUCGAUAAAACGCUAAUGUUGUGUGUGUUUACGGAAGGCGGAUAUAAACCUACGACUAUUUCAACUUUCGGAUUUGACUUCACAUGUAAAAAUAUUGAACUGGGUGGAAAGAGAAUCAAACUUGAAAUAUGGGACACUACACUUUGGGAAAGGGGCAGGACAAUUACUAGAGCUAUUUUCAGACACACAGCGGGUAUAAUGUUCGUGUAUGACAUUACAAAUCAAAAAUCGUUUCGAGAUACAGAAUACUGGCUGAAGUUUGUGAAGGAGCAUGCGGGGCAACAUAUACAAAAAAUCCUUAUAGGCAACAAGUUGGAUUUGAACUCUAAGAGGCAGGUCAGGGAAGAGGAAGGAAAACAGCUUGCGUCGGCAAACGGAAUUAAGUUCAUGGAAGUAAGUUCGAAGGAAAGGAUCAAUAUAGACAAAGCAUUUUUAACUCUGACAGAAGAUAUCUUAAAUGUCGCCGAAAAGCAGUCAAAUGAAAAACGUCUGGCUGAAAGUAAAGCUCAAAAAGAUUCCGAGAGUGCAAAAGAAAAGAGUAUUUUGAGAAAGAUUUUUCAGCCAUUCUUAGGGGGAAAGACACAAGCAGCCACAUCGGUUCCAGAUGAGAUCAAGCAAGAUCCAUAUGCACUCGAUCUAUACGAAAAAGCUUUGAAAGACGGCACGGAGACGGACAGGUCCGUUCGUAUUAACAUCGUUGGAAACUACAGACAAGGUAAAACAUCGCUAAUGAGAAGGCUUUUAGGAAAGAAAGUCAAAGAUGUUUCAAGUACGGAUGGUAUAGAUGUCAUCCAUUACAAAUGCUUUCGUACAAUAGAUGGGAAAUUUUCUUUUAGAAGAGCUGAAGAGAACGAUAAAUCUGACAUCGUAGAGCGGCUGGUUUCUGUUGCUUUGUCAUCAAACAGUGAACAACUAAAAGAUGAACCAAGUAUUACACAAUCAGUCAUUUAUCAGAGGGACCCUAAAUUAGAAACGGUAACAGCUACGACAAAUACCAUGAAAUCGGACUAUUCGGAAAUGGCGGGGGAAAAUAAGGAUGAAAAAGUAUCGCCGGUGCCAGACCGUCAAAUGAAAGGAAUGAGAAGUUCACCUUAUAUCGAUAUAGCGUCCUCAAGUGAUUUUGAAGACAAUGAAAAUAUUGUAAAAAAGAGCAAAAAGACAAUUUUGUCUGUUAAAGAGAAGGAAACAUUUUCAAGAGAAUUAAAUAGAAGAAAAUUGCAGUCGUCAACAAAGGCAACCCAAACAUUGUUUGACAUAUGGGAUUUCGGCGGACAACAUAUAUUCUAUGCCACACAUACGCUAUUUCACAGUAAAAAUGCGAUUUACUUGUUGGUAUUUGAUCUCUCUUUGGACUUACAGAGCGUGAUUGUUGAUGAAGAUUUUCCAGAAGAAUCUGAUGACAAAGAUUUGGAGUAUUUUCUUCACUUUUGGAUGAAUUCAAUUCAUUCAUUUGUUGGCUCCGAGGAUGGUUUCAAGCCUACAGUUAUUCUCGUAGGUACACAUAAAGACAAAGUAAAGGGAAACGUGAAAGUCAAACGUCAAUACAUUGAACAAUAUUUCAAUCAAAUAAGAACAAGUUUUGAUGGAACUAAGUUGUUAAAUCAUAUACAUUCCGAGGACUUUGCGGUUGACAAUUCCAUUGGGAACGAUGAAACUAUUUCUGCGCUACGCGAAACAAUCGUAAGACUUGGAAAUGCUCAGUCAAAGGCAAUAGAAAUUCCAGCAAAAUGGAUUCAGCUUGAGCAAGCACUGGCGGAUAGGAAACAUAUCAAAAUAAUACCGUUUGAGCUUGUGCUAGCCAUUGACGAGCAAAAUGAAGUUCCUAUCGGUGACCCUGAGCAGAUCAAACUAUUUCUACGAUAUCAUCAUGGCAAAGGAACUUUUAUAUAUUUUGAUGAGGAACCGCUAUCAGAGCACGUUGUUCUUGAUCCCCAAUAUUUAAUCGACGCCUUCAAAUGCAUCAUCACAAGUGAACGUUUCUGUUCAAAUGACCCCGAAAUAAGGCCUCUUUGGAAAAUGCUACAGACAGACGGAAGACUAGAAGUAGCUUUGAUUGACAAACAGUGGGGUAAGGAUGGUAACAAAAUGUUCAUGGAAUACAAAGAGAUAUUGAUCUUAUUUCUCACUAAACACCACAUUAUUUCAGAGGCAACAAGAUUUGAUGAAACUAUACAACAAUCGACAGGGCUUGGUUGGUAUGUUGUUCCAAGCUUAUUAAAAUCCCACUUACCACCGGUGGAAAUUCAACAAUUCCGUAAAGGAAGGAAACAAACCAUGGUUCGUUUUGUGAUGUCUUUUGAAAACUCAACCAUAGUUCCAACGAUAUACCAUCGUCUUAUGGCAGCUCUUAUCGGAAAAUGGCCAAUUGCGCAAUUGGGCAGAAAACCUCUAAUUUCUAAAGACAAAUGUAUUGUUCUAUUGAAUAUGGAUCACGCUGGAGUAGCGGAAUUGGGGUUUGAUACUAUUGAACUAACAGUUGUAAGCCUGUGCCAUUCUUCAGCUGUUCAUCCUGAACAAGCAGAUAUUUUAAGACGGUUUGCAGAAGCGCUUGUUGUACAUGAGUUUUCAAAGCUGGAAAGAAAGCAUGAUAGUCACUCAAAACCUUACAAAACGACGUACAGAUGUAACCAUGAGAUGCACAAUGGGAGCGGAAGCAUAAAAGUCUUAGAAAUCGACACUCCGGUCAACAAAAACCUCAUUCCGUGCCCAGACUUGAUCGCACAUGAUGUAGAUGUUAUAAAAGCAAGGGAUGAGUGGUUUCAAGAUAAAUUGGAGAAAAUAUCCGUUUCAAAAACAGUACUAAGCGACAAGGUUUUGAGUAAAAUUUCAAGAUGCAUAGGAAAUAACUGGGAAAUGCUUGGAUUAGAGCUUGGUUUGACACAAGUAGAUAUAGAACAAAUAUCUGAGGACAAUCCGCAUAAAACUGCAAUGAAGAUAUACUACAUGUUAAAAUGCUGGUGUCGUCAAAAUGCAGAAUUAGCAGAUAUGAAUGUCUUGGUACAGAAAAUGCAAGAAUGCCCAAAUGUGAGUAUCCAAUGGGAUGCAAUAAGAAACAUUGUGGAUGAAAUGAAGUAGAAUGUUCCACAUACAGAUUUCAGAUACGGACUUAGUAAGAACGAUGUCUUGACCUUAUGAAAUUACUUGUUAAAGGCUUAUUAACACAAGGUCAGUUUAAUGGUAAAGUAAAUGAACUGUAAUUAGAACGAAAAUGGGCAAUACUAAUAUAUACGAAGAAAAUGGAAGACGUUACCGGUUGUAAAAUUUGUUGUACAUAUUUCGUUUGCAUAAGGGCCGAUUAGUGUUAUGUUUUGGUUAAAGCAUAACGAAGGACUCUUAGCUGCAUGAAGCUAAAGUAUUUCUACCGUUGCGGCUAAUACUGUUUCGGACACAGACAUGGCAGACAUUGUUAAGAAUUAACAUUUGUUAGACAUCAUAAGAGGAGUAUAUAUCGUAACGUCGAAGUAAUACUUUUCGAGAAUAAAUUACAAAGUAAGAUGAAAAUAAAGAACCAUAUUUCAUAUGUGUAUUAUGCUGAUAAAGAAAAGAAGGCUGAAGGAGACUAUAUGAUAUGUCGCCAGUACUGUACUUAGUUUAUAAUAAAUAAUGUACAAAUAUACACAAUAACUGACUUUAUGUUGACUGAAAACUGAACGUAUGUCAAUGCGUUGACUGAAAACUAAAAGCAUGUCGGACUUUUGUUCUUGUUUUUAUAUACGAUGCUCACUGGUAUACAUUUUAGUAUCAUGAAUGAUUUUUUAACGACAUUGGAGUGGAAAUUGUAGUUCAACAUUAGAUAGAGCAUCAAAGAGUCAUUUGAACGUAAACGAUAAGAUUUGAAUCCUCUUUGAUUAAUUUCUAUUUUGGAUUCACUAUGAUAUUUGUCACUGUUAGUUACGAGUGUUACAUACAAAUGUGCUUUAUAACACGUGUUAUUUCGUCCAUGAGAUGCACAAUGGGAGCGGAAGCAUAAAAGUCUUAGAAAUCGACACUCCGGUCAACAAAAGCCUCAUUCCGUGCCCAGACUUGAUCGCACAUGAUGUAGAUGUUAUAAAAGCAAGGGAUGAGUGGUUUCGAGACCAUUCGGAGAAAAUAUCCGUUUCAAAAGCAGUACUAAGCGACAAGGUUUUGAGUAAAAUUUCAAGAUGCAUAGGAAAUAACUGGGAAAUGCUUGGAUUAGAGCUUGGUUUGACACAAGUAGAUAUAGAACAAAUAUCUGAGGACAAUCCGCAUAAAACUGCAAUGAAGAUAUACUACAUGUUAAAAUGCUGGUGUCGUCAAAAUGCAGAAUUAGCAGAUAUGAAUGUCUUGGUACAGAAAAUGCAAGAAUGCCCAAAUGUGAGUAUCCAAUGGGAUGCAAUCAGAAACAUUGUGGAUGAAAUGAAGUAGAAUGUUCCACAUACAGAUUUCAGAUACGGACUUAGUAAGAACGAUGUCUUGACCUUAUGAAAUUACUUGUUAAAGGCUUAUUAACACAAGGUCAGUUUAAUGGUAAAGUAAAUGAACUGUAAUUAGAACGAAAAUGGGCAAUACUAAUAUAUACGAAGAAAAUGGAAGACGUUACUGGUUGUAAAAUUUGUUGUACAUAUUUCGUUUGCAUAAGGGCCGAUUAGUGUUAUGUUUUGGUUAAAGCAUAACGAAGGACUCUUAGCUGCAUGAAGCUAAAGUAUUUCUACCGUUGCGGCUAAUACUGUUUCGGACACAGACAUGGCAGACAUUGUUAAGAAUUAACAUUUGUUAGACAUCAUAAGAGGAGUAUAUAUCGUAACGUCGAAGUAAUACUUUUCGAGAAUAAAUUACAAAGUAAGAUGAAAAUAAAGAACCAUAUUUCAUAUGUGUAUUAUGCUGAUAAAGAAAAGAAGGCUGAAGGAGACUAUAUGAUAUGUCGCCAGUACUGUACUUAGUUUAUAAUAAAUAAUGUACAAAUAUACACAAUAACUGAAUUUAUCUUGACUGAAAACUAAACGUAUGUCAAUGCGUUGACUGAAAACUAAAAGCAUGUCGGACUUUUGUUCUUGUUUUUAUAUACGAUGCUCACUGGUAUACAUUUUAGUAUCAUGAAUGAUUUUUUAACGACAUUGGAAUGGAAAUUGUAGUUCCACAUUAGACAGAGCAUCUAAGAGUCAUUUGAACGUAAACAAUAAGAUUUGAAUCCUCUUUGAUUAAUUUCUAUUUUGGAUUCACUAUGAUAUUUGUCACUGUUAGUUACGAGUGUUACAUACAAAUGUGCUUUAUAACACGUGUUAUUUCGACUAGUAUAUAUCUUUUUUAUUAUUAAGAUUUAACAACGAUGGGUUUUUUUUCUGUCAAAAGAGAUUGAGCUAUUAGAGCGUGGUUAACCUUGGUUUGGCUAAUAAAUAGUUAGCGUUUUGUUUGAUAUCUACGUGAAUGUUCUGUUUUGAAUUUGUUGAAGGAUAGUGACUGUAGUAUUAUUUUAAACAUGACCUUGGUGUUAUGAUCAAUACAACUGAGCUAAUUGAGAUAAAGAUACUGAUCGAAACAAUUUGUGUUAUUUCUUCGACUUCUACCGAAGGAGCUGUAACAACAAAUAUGUAAUAUUUAACUCAUAUUUAAUAUGAUACUUUCCAAAGUAUGUUCUUUUUAAUAUACUAGCAUAAAUUUAUUGAUCGUGGGAUGGUGAGUUCGAACAUUGCUAUAUGUAUAUUCACAGGUACGAUUUGAAAGAAGACAAUGCGCUUGAAAGCAUUUGUUCUCCACUUCUGAUUCGUGUGGAGAAAGUGGUAGUUAUU